AUGGGUGAAGCAAGGAAAACAUUUAAUAACUCUUUCUGGGGCGAGGACUUCACAAGCUCUCAUGGUUUUGAUACACUUUUGAAUAGAUUGUUAGAUGGAAAGGCACUGUGUAAGGAUAUGGAGACGUACCUUAAAGCGCGAUCUAAAUUAGAACUGGAAUAUAGUAAAAACUUGUCGAAAUUGAAUCAAUCUUUAAAAUUUAAAGGAGUUGUUGGACAAUUGGAAUAUUCCUGGGACACAUUUCGUGAAGAAUUGGUUCAAAUGACAAAGGUCCAUGAAGAUAGUGGAAGAUAUUUUCAUGAACUCGAUACAGAAACUCGUAGAUUUAUAGACGAAAAUUCAAUGAAACGUAAAGAAAUCUCCGAGAGAACCAAGAAAAGUCACCAACAAAAAAUUACCCUGUAUAAUAAAACACAAUCGUUGCAGAAAACUUACUUUCAAAAGUGCAAAGAAUCUGACACGGCUUCUGAUACUUACGCAUUGUUACAUCAAGGUGUCACCACUACCACAAAAGAAUUAGAUAAGGCAAGAGGCAAUUCAGAAAAAGCUCAAGAAAACGCCCAGAAAGCAGAAGAUGCUUACAAAUCUUCUGUUCACACUUUAGAUGUUGCAAGGCGUCAAUGGGAAGAUGACAUGUCUCUUGCAUGUCAAGCGUUUCAAACAAUGGAAGAAGAACGUAUCAAUUAUUUACGAGACUUAAUGUGGACUUGUUCUAAUUUGGAUUCCCAAAUGGCAUUAGAAAAGGACGAUAGCUGUGAGCGAGUUCGUCAAAUGCUUGAUACGUGUGAUAUCACUCAAGAUAUUAAAACGUUUAUAGAUGGAUUCCAAACAGGCUCCAGUCGACCUCUUCCUAUUCCAUAUGAAAAUUUUUAUAAAAAGAUGACUCCUCUAUAG